CAAAUAAAUCUAAAAAAAGAAAAAAAGAACACAGAUAGAAAUACUGAUACGGAAACCCCCCACAUUUUCCUCAGGAGCUCUCUUCGUUUUCCAUAUUUUCUGAAUAAAAAUCUCCUGAAAAAAGAGAAUCUACUCCACGCUGCGUUAAAUUAAACGAAGAACCCGAUGCUCUGUUAUCUCGAUCAAACUUGAAUUGUUGGUUUCUGCUGGUCAAUGCUGCCGCUGAUUUUUCUAGAAAUUUUGGUAUAUUUUACAGAUAUGACAAUAGGAACACCAGUUACACCAUCAUCGAAGAUCAGGAGGACGCCAGCAUGUACACCUGGCGGUCCAAAAGUUCGGGAGGAGAAUAUUCUAGUGACUGUUCGAAUGAGGCCACUGAGUUCAAGAGAACUAGCAGCUUACGACCUUGUUGCAUGGGAAAUUACAGAUGAAAAUACCAUUGUUUCGAAGAAUCUAUAUCAUGAACGGCAUGGAGGAACAUAUUCAUUUGACAAGGUUUUUGAUCCAACUUGCUCUACACGAAAAGUUUACGAAGACGGUGCAAGAGAUGUUGCUUUGUCUGCUCUUAAUGGAAUUAAUGCAACAAUUUUUGCGUAUGGGCAGACUAGCAGCGGGAAGACAUUCACUAUGAGGGGUGUGACAGAAAAUGCUGUCAAAGACAUUUACGAGCACAUCAAGUUUACUCGAGAGAGGGAAUUUUUGCUCAAGUUCUCUGCGUUAGAGAUCUAUAAUGAAACUGUGGUAGAUCUCUUGAACAGAGAGUCUGGACCCCUUCGCCUAUUGGAUGAUCCUGAGAAAGGAGGAACCAUAGUGGAAAAAUUAAUUGAAGAGGUCAUCAAAGAUGAUCAGCAUUUGAGGCACCUAAUAAGUAUCUGUGAAGCUCAAAGGCAGGUGGGUGAAACUGCUCUCAAUGAUAAAAGCUCAAGGUCACACCAGAUAAUUAGGCUGACAAUCGAAAGCAGCCUCAGAGAGGACUCAGGAUGUGUGAAAUCUUUUCUAGCGAGUUUGAAUCUAGUGGAUCUUGCUGGAAGUGAGCGUGCGACUCAAGCAAAUACAGAUGGUACAAGGUUGAAGGAAGGGAGCCAUAUUAAUAGAAGCCUACUGACAUUGACAACUGUAAUCAGAAAGUUAAGUUGUGGAAAGAGGAGUGGGCACAUUCCUUACAGAGAUUCAAAACUCACGAGGAUAUUGCAGACAUCGCUUGGUGGAAAUGCACGGACAGCAAUUAUUUGCACUAUGAGUCCUGCUUUGAGCCAUGUAGAGCAAUCAAGAAACACUCUGUCAUUUGCAACAAGUGCGAAGGAAGUUACUAACACUGCACAAGUGAACAUGAUUGUUGAAAAGAAGCAAUUAGUAAAGAAAUUGCAAGAGGAAGUUGCCCGACUGGAAGCAGAGCUUCGAAGCCCCGAGCCAACAUCUGCCGCCUCUUCAUGUUUGAAGUCUUUGCUGAGGGAAAAGGACUUCAAAAUCCAGCAGAUGGAGAGAGAAAUCAAUGAGCUGAAGCAUCAGCUUGACUUAGAAAGAAGCUCACACAAAGAAAAAAAGUCUUCAGACAACCACGGACCGUCUUGUCAAGCAGUAAAACGUCUCUCUUUUACCACCGAGAAUGACUCAAUCUCUCAAAAACCUGAUUCAACAAAACCAAAGUCGAGAAAGAUGGGGAAAAAGUCAGGCACUUCUUCAGGCAUGUUGUUUACCGAAAUACGAAAAUUGGAGACGAGGCAAAGACAGCUCGGCGAAGAAGCAAAUCGUGCACUGGAGCUACUCCACAAGGAGGUUUCUUCUCAGAGAAUUGGAAGUCACGAAACUGCCGAAACAAUCGCAAAAAUGCUCGCAGAAAUUAAAGUCAUGCACACAGGGGCAAGUUGCACUUCGGAAGUAGUUCAUAUGAAAGAUAAAUCUACCACCUUGAGAGAAGAGAUUGCUCGUUUGGAUUCCCAAGAAGGGAACAUCUCUGUUCUAGAAGAGAAGCUCGAUAGUGUUCAGAGAUCAAUCGAGAAAUUAGUUAUGCAUUUUCCUAACAGUCAGGAGUCAACUCCCGAGUCAAAGACUUGCUCCAAGAAGAGAAAAGGUGGUCUCCCUUUUACAUUGAGCAAUGCAGCAAACAUGCCAAAUUUGAUACGUUCGCCUUGCUCUACUUCUUCUCACAAAUUAAUGGAAGAUGAAAUCGAAAAUCGAGCACCCUCAAAGAGGACCCCUAAUAGUGAAGAAAACUGUAGUGUUACCAAUGUUUCUGCCCAAAAACAGUCGAGCUCUAUCAAUGUAAAGAAAGUCCAGAAGAUGUUCAAGAAGGCUGCUGAGGAGAACAUCCAAAGCAUUAAAGCGUAUGUUACCGAGCUCAAAGAACGUGUUGCCAAGCUACAGUACCAAAAACACCUUCUUGUUUGCCAGGUGUUGGAGCUAGAGGAGGCGAACGAGGCUUCGAGCGAGGACGACGCCGAGACAUUGACAGGUCAAUCUCCAACGCCAUCAUGGAUCGCAGUUUUCGAGGAUCAAAGGAAGGAGAUUAUAAUGCUGUGGCAUCUCUGCCACGUGUCAAUCGUGCACCGCACGCAAUUCUAUUUGUUAUUUAGAGGAGACCCUUGUGAUCACAGAUACAUGUAAAUUGA